UUGGUUCGUUCUCUUAUUGACAAAACCCUGAAUUUUGUAGUGGGAAGGGUUAAUUUGUUUGUCUUCAGUCGGCUAAAAAAAAUGGAACCGAAAUUUGCUCCCGCAAUCAAAGCAAGGCACGAAUCCAAACAAAAAGGUCUAGUAAUCCAUUCCAAGAUCCAAAGUAUGGAACCAGGCUUAGCUUUAAUUCUUCAUCUUCCUUUCACAAUUACCAGCCAAAAUAGUGCCAGUUUGAUCCAAGAAAACUAUUAUUUCUGCUUCUUUUUGGGAAGAUUAUCAAGAGAAGAUGGAGAAUCCAAUCACCAGAAAUUGCUGCAACACUCAACUAUGGUUGGUCAUUCUUGUCUCCUUCAUUUUCUGUUUUGUUUUGUUUGGCUUUGAUUAUUCAGCUCUAAUUGGAACCCAAGAAAGGGUCACUGUUUUAAUUACUGAUUAUGAAAAUUCAAUCUCUACCCACAAAUCAAAAUCCCUCCACCUCCCUGAAAAUCUCAACCAAACCUCCAUUGGACCCGUUAAAGCUGACUAUCUUAGAGAGGACAAUGUGCUACCAAAACCUGUUAAAGAUUCUUGUUUGGGUCGAUACGUUUAUAUUCAUCAUCUUCCUAGCCGAUUCAACCGAGAUUUGCUUGAAAAUUGUGAGUCUAUCACCCCAGGAGCUGAGCAUAACAUGUGUUCUUAUUUGGUUAACUCUGCUUUGGGUCAUGAAGUAGAAAAUUCGCAAGGAAUUUUAUUAAACAAGAGUUGGUAUUCUACUAAUCAAUUCUUGUUGGAAGUCAUUUUCCACUUUAGGAUGAAGAAAUACAAGUGCUUAACCAAUGAUUCUUUCCUUGCCUCUGCUAUUUAUGUGCCAUUUUAUGCUGGUCUUGAUGUUAGCAGAUAUCUUUGGGGUUUUAAAAUAUCAGUGAGAGAUCAAUCUGCUUCUGAUCUUGUCAAGUGGCUUGUAGAAAAACCUGAGUGGAAGAAAAUGUUGGGCAGAGACCAUUUCUUGGUUGCAGGGAGAAUUGCUUGGGAUUUUAGAAGGCAAACUGAUAAUGAGUCUGAUUGGGGUAGCAAGUUUAGGUUCUUGCCAGAAUCUAAUAACAUGUCAAUGUUGGCAAUAGAGUCAAGUUCAUGGAACAAUGAUUAUGCUAUACCAUAUCCAACUUGUUUUCAUCCCUCAAGAGACAGUGAAGUGUUUCAAUGGCAAGAUAAGGUGAGAAGACAAACAAGGCCAUACUUAUUUUCUUUUGCUGGUGCUCCAAGGCCUGAUCUUCAAGAUUCUAUCAGAGGCAAGAUUAUUGAAGAAUGCCUAGCUUCAAAAAACUUGUGCAAGUUAUUAGAGUGUGAUUAUGGUGUCAAUGGUGCAAUUAGUUGUGAUAACCCAGUGAAUGUGAUGAGGCUGUUUCAGAAUUCAGUUUUUUGCUUGCAGCCUACAGGGGAUUCAUACACAAGGAGAUCCAUAUUUGAUUCUAUAUUAGCAGGGUGCAUUCCUGUUUUCUUUCAUCCAGGUACAGCCUAUGCCCAAUAUAAGUGGCAUUUACCAAAGAAUUAUAGUAAAUAUUCUGUGUAUAUGCCUGUGAGAGAUGUUAAAGAUUGGAAAGCUGGCAUAAACCAGACAUUGCUUAGAAUACCAGAAAAUAGGGUAUUGGCUAUGAGAGAGGAGGUUAUAAAACUCAUUCCAAGGAUUGUAUAUGCAGACCCCAGGUCUAGAAUGGAAACCAUUGAAGAUGCAUUUGAUUUAGCAGUCAAGGGAAUUCUUGAGAGAAUAGAGAGAGUUAGGAAGGUAACAAGAGAGGGAAAGGAUCCUAGUAAUGGUUUUGCAGAGGGGGAUGAUUACAAAUAUACUUUUUCUGGGUAUGUUGGAGAAACUUGAAUAGAAUUUAAUUCAUUAUUGCAUAGGACUUUAUUAGUGAAUGUUCGUUUUCCAGAAUAUUUUAGCAAACAACUGAUGUAAUCAUAUAUGCUUAUUGCUGUUAGUUGCGGCUGCUGCUGUUGCUUUUGC